CUACAAUUUUGGGAAGCACCUAGUAACAUGACUUUUAUUAGGAAGAAAGACUUCUGAGUUCUGUACAUUUGUGCGUGCGGGGCUCAUUAUGUUACCACUAUGUGGUGUCUAGUUAUUUCACUGGUUAGUUAAUUUACUGGUUAGUUAAUAACAAGGUUAAAGGUUAGUUACCAAAGAUURUAUUUAAAUUAAUGUUAGUUAAAUAACUGGUUAGUUAAUUAAAUGUUAGUUAUUUAAAGGUUAGGUAAUAAAAAUGUUAGGUAAUUAAAGGUUAGUUCAGUAAAGGUUAGUUAGGGRGGAUGUGGCAGAGUGGUUAGGGGAGUCAUCCUGGAACCAGAAGGUCGCRGGUUUGAUCCCAUGUCCAGCUGUCRCAGUMYRUGMGUCCUUGGACAAGACAACCCCAGUACCUGUGAUGUCCCAUCAGUGUGUGAAUGUGAUUGGCUCUGAUGAGUCUCCACAGAUGAUUGUUAGCUCUGUAGAGAGCUCACAGGGUGAUGUGUGAAUGGGUAAAUGAGGACACAGAUGUGAAGAGCUUUGAGGGUCCUGGUUGGGUAGAAGGUUUCUAAAUAAAUACAGUCCAUUUACCGUUUAACUAAAGGUUCCUCAUCACGUCAUUAAACAGAACUCAUGUUCUGGUGUUUGGACUUACACCUCAGGAAGACUUCCUCUGGUCCCUCCUCUAUGUUUGGGUCUGGAUCCCCUCCCCCUUCCCCUCUCCUCCCUCUCUCCCUGCAGACCAAACCCCUCAGCUCUCCUCAGAGUCCUCUCAGACYGAUUCUGACCCGGACCAGAGUCAGACCUGCAGUUUUCCAGUCAUGUUGGACACCCUGACCUUCCUCCUGGAGCGCCUCUUCCUCCUGGCCCACAUCAAGCUGUCCAGCCUCCUGCCCCCCUCCACCAGAGCGACCACAGACCCCCAGCCUCCUCCCCGCUUCGACCCGGUUCGGUUCCAGAGGGGAGACCUUUUGGAAGUCCCCCGGACCCUCUUCACCCACUUUGGCAUCUAUCUGGGGGAGAACCGUGUGGCGCACCUGAUCCCGGACAUCCUGCCGGUCCUGACCUCUGACCUCCAGCAGAUCCAGCAGAUGGUCACCAACACCCGCCUCCUGCUGGGGGUCCUGUCCAAGCGGGCCAGCAUCCGGGUGGACUCCGUGGAGGACUURGCCUACGGAGCCGGGAUCCUGCAGAAUGCCAUGGACCGGGUGGUGGUCCAGAGCCCGCUGGUCGGGGAGGAUGUGGCCCGGCGGGCGGAGCUGCUGGUGGGGGGCGUGGCCUACAGCCUCCUGUGGAACAACUGCGAACACUUCGUCACCUACUGCCGCUACGGCUCGGCCCAGAGCCUGCAGACCCAGCAGUUCUGCGAGUUUCUGAAAUCCAUGAUCCGGGACCAGCGGCUCGUGGUCCUGACUGCUCUGUUGGGCCUCCUGUCCAUGGUGAGUCUCGGAUUGUCCUCCGGCACCACCCUGCUGUCCCUGCUGGUCCCCUUCACCCUGUGGAUGGCCAGCUAGGAUCCUCCUAGACCUCCUGCACCUGCAGUGUUGGACUGAGCCGAGUCCUGGUUUUGGACCAGGACCAGGACUUUAGCUGCUGUUCUGCAGCAAAUGAAGGUUUGAACUCUACAACAGGGACAUGAAACAGGUCAUAGGUUCUGGUGGUCCGACCCAGACCCUUCAGAGACUCUGCCUGGUUGGUGUUUUAUAAACCAACUGACCUCACGUGGUUCUGAUGUCACUUCCUGUUCUGAAAUCAAACCAGGUUUUGGUUCUUUGGUUCCUUUAAACCGUAUUUAAACCUGUUAAUCUUCAUUUAUUGACACAAACUGAUUGUUUAGCUUCUUCACAGUUUUCUCACUUUAUCACUUGAAUAAAUCAAGACUUUCUGAACCAAAGGACAGAAAACUUCAUUAAAACUGUAUUUUCAGCUGUAAACAGGUGACGUGUAAAUAUCUGUAAAUACCUGAUUUUGUAAAGAAUUUAUUUUUACAUUAUGGUAACGCUUUGUUUUUACUGUGUAAGUAAAAUAAAAAUAAUAAAGGACCAGCUGUGUUGUUUCAUGAG